ACGAGACUUACCGCGCCGAAGACGCAACGAUGAAGCGAAGGUGCGACGGCCGCGCCUCGACCAUCGUACACCACUUGCGGCAUCGAGAACUUCAGCACCGCUAUGCCCCCCAACCGCCACGCUAUGAGCGAGCUCAUAUGCUGUCGUACUUGUCAUGGGACUCUUCGACAACGAUCAACCCGAACGGGCGAGUCGAGCUCUACGUGAAGCGACCGCUCCUGAUGACAUUGCGCAGCGACAGGCAGGACGUGUACAUGAGCCAAGAUGAAACGUAUGAACAUCGUAUACCUCCCUUCCAUGUCGCAUUUAGCGAGAAGCGGAUGCAUGGCACACUGCUUGCAGUGGCAGACGAAGAAGGGUGGGUGAGUCUCUUCACCACCCACGACAGAAAGCCCCAUUUGCCACAACAUCACCAGUCUUGUAACCACGAGCGACCCAUGUCCAAGUUCUCGGCACAUCAAAAUGCCAUCUUUGACUUGAUUUGGUGCAGCGACGACGCACACAUUGCGACUGCAUCUGGCGACCAGCAUCUCAGCGUAUGGGACGUCGAAACGUCUGCCAAGCUGUGCCACUUCGAAGGCCACUCCAUGAGUGUCAAAUGCGUCCGACAGAUGCCUGGCAGCCCGCAUGUAUUUGCGUCAGGGUCGCGGGACGGCAACGUGUACUUCUGGGAUACGCGGCAUCCCUAUCCAGUCUCGAGUGAUCCAAACGGGGUGGCGACGUUCCGGCCCGUGGAUAGCUGCAUUCGAUGUCAUGACUUUGACUCGUCUGCGACGGACAGACGCAAGAAGCGGCGGAUGUCGAUCCCGAAUGCCCAACGCAGCGUCACGUGCGUCGAGUUUACUGGCGACGGCAACCAGCUCAUUUCGUCCGGCGCUGUGGAUGGCAUGGUCAAAUUUUGGGACUUGCGCGCCAUGGAAAAGGACGCAUUUAAGCUCGUGCGAUCGUUCAGCUGUUUGAAUCCAAACGGCAGGCGGUACGGUAUCUCGUCGCUCACGUUGGACCACACCAAGACCAAGUUGCUCGUGAGUGCCGCCAGCAACGACAUCUUUCUUUACGACCUCGUGCGAGCAACGAACGACCCGGUUGCCAAAUAUUAUGGCCACAAAAACUCGUCCUUUUAUGUCAAGUCAGGCUUCAGCCCGGACAGCAACUUCGUCGUGAGUGGGUCCGUCGACCACAACGUGUACAUUUGGGAUGCCCAGUCCGCCGGCGCCCCUGCCGUCGUCCUCCGUGGCCACGAGGGCGAAGUUAGCAGCGUCGUUUGGUGCAAAGCGGACUUUUCCAAGAUCGCUAGCUGCUCCGACGAUGGCACUGUCCGCGUGUGGCACAUGGGCCAUGACAUGGACGAGACCUCCAUGCUACAGAACACAACGUCGUCAUGCGGCAGGGGCUGUCACGUCGGUCGCGCAGAAGUGUAUCCCGAGUCGCCAAUGCCAUCGUCAACCAUCCAUGGGCUCGUCGUUGCGCAUGCUCCCCCUGCAUCGGUGACGAUAUCACCGGCGGCCGCCGCGACAACGAGUCGACCUUCCGCCGCUGCAGCUCAACCCACGACGUUGCACCACUUCUGGAAAUAGUGUUUCGUUGGCUGCCGAGAAGAACCAAAACCCCACGUAUUUAUCUCGUGCACCCACACAAACAAGUGCAGCCCAAAAACUAGGGAGAAUGACGAUGGAAUUAUGUGGACCAGUACAAGUCUUGCUCAAUGUCGAA